AUGACCUCUGCGAGCUGCUCAAGGUCAGAGCUGGACACCAAAAAUUGCCCUGGACCCCGCGCGGCGCAUUCCUGUGACAUCAUUGAUGGGCGCCUAUAUCUCUUCGGUGGCUGGAAUGGCAAGCGUGCGCUGAAUGACUUGCACGUGCUGGAUGUGGCCUCUGGUACUUGGUCGGAGGCGGUGGUGGAUUCGCGGCUGGUGGUGCACGGUGGUCACGACGGCAACAAGUGGGUCGCAGAUAUGCACAUUCUAGAGACGAGCCCUCCGGCUCCCACGGCCCCUCAUGAAGGUCUCGUGUGGCACAAGGCUCCCACAUCGGGCACUCCGCCGUCGGCGCGGGCGUGUCACACGCUCACCCGCUUAGCACAUAAGUUGUACAUGUUUGGUGGCUAUGAUGGUGCCAAGUGCUUCAACGACAUGGACAUCAUCGACCUCGAAACCAUGACUUGGAUGCAGCCGAACCUCUCCGGCACUUUGCCGCAAGCCCGGAAUGCACAUACCAUGACGGUGAUUAGCACGAAACUCUACUUGUUCGGCGGUCACAGCGGGAACAAACACUUGACGGAUCUCCAUAUCUUCGACACCCAGAAGCUUCAUUGGUCGCAGCCGGACAUCUUAGGGACGCCACCACCAGGACUGCGCGGUCACACUGCCAACCUCAUCGGCCACAAAAUCUUCCUCUUUGGUGGCUACGAUGGCAAGGGCCGCACCAAUGAACUUUACAUCCUAGAUACAGCAGAGGCCAAGUGGGUGAGACCGACCUGGCCGACGGAGUCGCCCCAUACUCCGCCGGGGCGACAACGACAUUCUGCAUCCCUCAUAGGUUCCAAGAGGAUUUACAUCUUCGGAGGCUUCGAUGGGAACAAGUGGUUGAACGAUCUGCAUGUCCUGGACGUCGGCCGCCUGGAGGAGAGUGCCCUCAACGAUGUGGCAGUGCAUACGCUCAUUGAAAACAUGGGCAAGCUGCUGCGGAGUGGCGAGUUCAGUGACAUCAUUUUUGUGGUCGAAGGGAAACGCAUUUACGCUCACAAGGCAAUCCUUAUAGCACAGUGCGAACACUUCAGGGCGAUGUUUGCCGGAGGUCGCUUCGCGGAGAGCCGUGAAGCGGAAAUCGAGAUCCCUCAGUGGAGCCACGUGGCCUUUUCAGCGAUGCUGGAGUGGCUCUACACUGGCCAUGCGCCAAGAGAAUUAUCCGCGGAGCACCUGACAGAGGUCCUCGGUCUCGCGGACCAUUACACCUUGGAUGGCCUAAAGCACGUUUGUGAAAAUGUGCUCAUGCACAGCGUAGAGAUCGACAACGUUUGUGCCCUGCUCCGUCACUCUGAUCAGUACAUGGCGCAGGAGCUCAAACGCUACUGCCUGGCGUUUAUCCUCAAAAAUUUUGAUCAGGUGGCCUACACGACGGCCUUCGACGAGCUCAGCUCGAUGCCAUCUUUAUUGCUGGAAGUGACCCGCGCGGCUGCGACGAAGGACACGGUCCCGCGGAACGUAGGCUGCUCCUCGGGGUCGAGCCCAGGCAUGUGA